AUGGUGGCUAAACUAUUGUUAACUCUUAUAUAUUUAGUCAUGACGAUUCGCAGCAGAGCCGCCACACUACCUCCGAUAACUGAUGCAACUCUGACUCAGGUUGCUGGUUCUCUGCAAAUGUUCGUCGAUGAACUCCCACAGAUGCCCUCGCUCUUGGGGUAUUCGAAUGGACCCACCUCUCCUAAACCCGGCAGCCUCACCAUUGGCAUGUACCGGAAGAAAUGGAAAUUCCACCGCAAUUUGCCUGCAACGACGGUUUUCGCAUUUGGGACGUCGGAAGAUGCCGCAACUGUACCGGGUCCAACCAUUGAGGCCAUCAAAGGAGUCCCAACCUUGGUGACGUGGCAAAAUAAACUCCCUCAAACCCACAUACUCCCAUGGGAUUCGUCCAUCCCCACCGCCAUUCCUAAAAAAGGUGGGGUCCCGACGGUAGUCCAUCUCCACGGUGGGGUCCAUGAAUCCCAACACGACGGGCACCCGCUUGCCUGGUUCACCUCUGGCUUUAAAGAAACUGGAUCAACGUGGUCCAAAAGCACAUACACUUACCCCAACGUCCAACACUCAGGAAACCUCUGGUACCAUGAUCAUACAAUAGGAUUGACACGUGUUAAUCUCCUAGCAGGCUUGAUUGCUGCCUACAUCAUCCGUGACCCCACCUUGGAUGCUUCCCUAAACCUUCCAUCUGGAGCAGAGUUCGACCGGACUCUGAUAAUCUUCGACCGGAGUUUCAAUACCGACGGCUCCCUUUACAUGAACUUCACCGGCACCGUACCAGCCAUUCACCCGCAAUGGCAACCGGAGUAUUUUGGGCACGCCAUCAUCGUCAACGGUAAGGCCUGGCCCUUCAUGAAGGUACAGAAACGCAAGUACCGCUUCAGAAUCACCAACGCUUCCAACGCGCGAUACUUGCAGCUCUCGCUAAGCAAAGGGCUCUCAUUUACCCAAGUAGGAUCCGAUGCAUCCUACCUACCCGCACCCGUACAGAUGGCAUCUAUCCUCUUAGCACCCUCUGAGAUUGCCGAUGUCAUCAUUGACUUCUCAACAUCUACUGCCACGGAGAUCGUAAUGAACAACAAUGCAGUUUACCCAUUCCCGUCGGGUAACCCGGUGGAUAACCUUAACUCCAAGGUCAUGAAAUUCAUCAUUGUACCCAAAAACCCAACCAUCCCCGAUUCAUCAAGGAUUCCAGCGAGCCUAGUGAGUUACAAGGCAUCGACAACAGACACUGCAACCAAGAGAAGGUACAUUGUGUUGUACGAAUAUACAACACCAUCCGGGUCAUCCACACACCUCUACAUUAACGGAAAACGAUACGAGGACCCGGUUACAGAGACGCCCAAGUCCGGUAGCACAGAGAUCUGGGAGGUGAUCAACUUGACCAACGAUAAUCACCCGCUGCACAUACAUUUGGCUACUUUCCAAGCAAUCAAGGUUCAGUCGAUUUCCAAUCCGACUCAGUUCACUAGCUGCAUGGCGCAAAAGAACGACGCCGUUGCCUGCAACGUAGCAUCAUACCUAACCCCGCCGUCCACCGGCAAUGGCGUGCCAGCUAACGAGAUGACAUGGAAGAACACGGUGAAGAUGGCACCGGCAACCCAAACAACGGUCGUCGUCAAGUUUAAUCUGGUCGAGACCAAUUCGCUGUGGCCGUUCGACGCCACCACGACGCCGGGAUAUGUCUACCAUUGUCACAUUCUGGAUCACGAAGAUAACGCAAUGAUACGACCAUUGCAGCUGGUUUGAUUUUAUUGAAAGCAAGAGAUCAGAUUAGAUGACUGUGUUUGAUUUAAUAUAACGAGUUGUAAUAAGUGCACGAUGAUGGCACUAAUUGAUUCGUAAUCCUACUUAGGGAUUAACAAUUGUAGCCAGAUUUGAAAAUAAUAAA